UGCAGCCCUAUAACCUCAAAAUUAUUAAGAAUAUAAGCAAUACACGGUGCAGUUUUAUUCAUAUUCCUAUUAAAACUGACCACUGCAAGUAUAUGAGGUUGCCCCGAUAGCACCAGCCUGUCGCCAUGAACACCCUAAUGCGCCGAGCACUGCUGCUCAUGCACUCGCGCACAUAUUGCAUAAAACAAUACGCCGUCGCCGGCACUGAAGCGGCUGCAAAAGGCAAACUCAACUAUGAGGAGUUUAUUGACAGCCGGCACCAGCAGGCGCAGCGCAGCAUUGUUGUGCAGGUCAGCUCAGAAAAGUCAUACCCAGAAUUGUAUAACUACUGCAGCAGAUUCGGACGCAUUGUCACAGUACAACACUACUGCGUGCAGCAUGAGGACGUGCUGCACUAUAUGCUGUUGGAAUAUGCCAGUGCCGGCGAGGCAACAGCAGCCAUCAGCUCAAGUGCCUACAAUGCAGAGCUGAGCGGCAGCAGCAGUGGCAGUGGCUGUGGGGUGCCGGUGCGUUCACCCUUCCUUUGGUUUAGAGCAGCAGCCGCUGGCGCGGGCCGGCGUGGCCAAGCCAAGCUAGCGGCGAAUCAGAAGGCGCUGCCGCUGAGUACAAUCGACGGCACGCGGCCGCCAACACAUGAUUCCUUGCUGGAGGUGCUGCGCGGCGCCGAUAGCAUUGAGCAACAACUGCAACUGUUGUACGAUCAGACGCGCUUAAAUGAUUUGGGCGUACGGAUGCGCUUUUUGGCCGCGCUGCAAGUACAAGAGUCCAUCUCGGGCAUGUUUCCGGAUGCGCUGGCCCAGCCAUUUGGCUCCUCGGUAAAUGGUUUUGGCAAAAUGGGUUGUGAUUUGGAUUUGAUUUUGCGCUUCGAUGGCAAAACAACGGCAGAUGGCCUGGAUAGCCAACGCGAAGCGUCGCGUCUUAUAUAUCACACCAAGGAGAACCUGAGCAAUGGACGCUCGCAGAAGCAACGACAAAUGGAAUGCAUUGGCGAUGUGCUGCAUCUGUUUCUGCCCGGAGUCUGCCAUGUUCGGCGCAUUCUGCAGGCGCGUGUCCCCAUUAUCAAAUAUCAUCACGAGCAUCUAGACUUGGAGGUGGAUUUGUCGAUGAGCAACCUCACUGGCUUCUACAUGUCCGAGCUGUUGUACAUGUUUGGCGAGCUGGAUCCGCGCGUGCGCCCAUUGACCUUUAGCGUACGUCGCUGGGCGCAGUCGUGCGGCUUGACAAAUCCUUCGCCAGGACGCUGGAUCACCAACUUCUCGCUGACCUGCCUGGUCAUGUUUUUUAUGCAGCAGCUGCGGCAACCCAUACUGCCAGCUAUCGGGGCAAUGGCGAAGGCGGCGACCGCAACAGACAUACGGGUCACUGAGGAUGGCAUCAAUUGCACCUUUGCACGGGACAUGGAGCGUGUGGGCUUUCAGAGCCGGAAUACGAGUAGCCUGAGCGAACUGCUGUUACAAUUCUUUGAGUUCUAUUCGCAGUUCGACUUUCACAAUCGUGCCAUAUCGCUGAAUGAGGGCCGCGCGCUGGCCAAGCCAGAUCACUCGGCCAUGUACAUUGUGAAUCCGCUGGAACAGCUGCUGAAUGUGAGCAAGAAUGUUAGCCUUGAGGAAUGCGAGCGUCUGCGCAUCGAGGUGCGCAAUGCUGCCUGGAUGCUUGAGUCCGAGGUGGAGAACACAACGCUGACAGAGAGCGAGCGACAUGAGCAAUCCUGGGGUCUACUCAAUCUCUUCAAAAAUCCCGAGAAGUCUGUCAUACGUCCCAACAUGUUCUUCAAGCCGCGCAUGGUCGAGGUCAGCGAUCUGUUUGACAAAUCCCAGACGGCAGCGAUGACACCUCCGGCCGUAAACUACAAAAACACCACCGUGCGCCAGCAGGUGCAGAGCAUCAAGGCAGCCGCACGCAGCGAACUGAAGCAGCUGCGGGGGUCCAGCACAACGACGACGACGACGACGACUGCAGCCAAAACCAAACGCAGCAGGUGAUAACCGGCGGCAUUUCACUAGACAAAUCCCGGAUUAGUGUAUAUAUCUUAAUAAUUAGAAAGUAACUCUACUCUGACUACAAACUUAGCUAACUAAAUGUUGUUCAUAUUGUUAAGCGUUACGCCCCAAAUGCAGCGUACAAGGUACGAGCAUGUUGCAGCUGUUUCUAGGUAUAUGCAACUGUCUGUGGUGCAGCUCAAUGUGGCAGCUCUAGAGCUAGCCCUUUGGGUCGCCACUUACCAGCGUUAAGUAUUUUAGCUGUUUUUUUUUAAAUUAAUAAAAUUAAAAUCAAGUUUUUUCCA